AACAUGGAAAUGGGAAACAAAACUAUCAUUUCAGAAUUCCUCCUCCUGGGCCUGCCCAUUGAACCGGAUCAACGAAAGCUGUUCUACACCCUGUUCCUGGCCAUGUAUCUUACGACCGUCCUGGGGAACCUCUUCAUCAUCGUGCUCAUUCAGCUGGACUCUCACCUCCACACGCCCAUGUAUCUGUUUCUCAGCAAUUUGUCUUUCUCUGACCUCUGCUUCUCUUCUGUGACCAUCCCCAAACUGCUGCACAACAUGCAGAGUCAAGACCCUUCCAUCCCCUAUGCAGGCUGCCUGGCCCAAAUGUACUUCUUCCUGCUUUUUGCAGACCUGGAGAGCUUCCUCCUCGUGGCCAUGGCCUAUGACCGCUACGUGGCCAUCUGCUUCCCCCUGCACUACAGCAUCAUCAUGAGCCCCAAACUCUGUGUCUCCCUGGUGGUGCUGUCCUGGGUGCUGACUGCUUUCAUCUCUUUGUUGCAUACUCUGCUCAUGGCUCGGCUGUCUUUCUGUGCUGACAAUGUGAUCCCCCACUUUUUUUGUGACAUGUCAGCUCUGCUCAAGUUGGCCUGCUCUGACACGGAGAUAAAUGAAAUGGUGAUAUUUAUCUUGGGAGGUCUUGUUAUUAUUGUUCCAUUCCUUUUGAUCUUUUCAUCAUAUGCACAAAUUGUGUCCUCCAUCCUCAAGGUCCCUUCUGCCAGAGGCAUCCGCAAGGCCUUCUCCACCUGUGGCUCCCACCUGUCUGUGGUGUCACUGUUCUAUGGGAUGAUCAUUGGCCUCUACUUGUGCCCUUCAGCCAACAAUUCUACUGUUAAAGAGACAAUAAUGGCUGUGAUGUACACCGUGGUGACACCCAUGCUGAACCCCUUCAUCUAUAGCUUGAGGAAUCAGGACAUAAAGGGGGCCUUGCAGUGUUGGUCUCUAGGACUAAAAAGGUAG